GGGACCCUAAGGUGCCAGUGCUGUACAAGGUGGAGCGGACUCAUACAGGGAAGAGCUUCUCUGUUCGUUCUGUAAAGGCCAUCCAGCAUGGAAAGCCAAUCUUCACCUGCCAGGCCUCCUUCCAGCUCCCCCAGGCGAGCCCAGUACAGCAUCAGUUCACCAUGCCUACUGUGCCGCCCCCUGAGGAGCUGCUGACGCAAGAGGAGCUCAUCCAGAAGUUCCUGCAGAAUCCUAACUUGGCAGAGAGAUACAGAAAGCAUCUCAACAAGAUUCAAGCUGAAGAUGUGCCGAUUGAUAUCAAACCCGUGAACCCGCCAGAUACAUUCUGCUUGGAGCCGCAGGAGCCAAAGCAGCUCUUCUGGGUGCGAGCACGAGGCUACAUAGGAGAGACUGACAUGAAGGUGCACUGCUGCGUGGCUGCUUACAUCUCCGACUAUGCUUUCCUGGGCACGGCCCUGCUCCCGCACCGGCAGUACCGCAUCAAGUUCAUGGUGUCCCUCGACCAUUCCAUGUGGUUCCACGCGCCCUUCCGAGCGGACCACUGGAUGCUGUACGAGUGCAAGAGCCCCUGGGCUGGUGGGUGCCGGGCACUGGUGCAGGGACGGCUGUGGCGCAGGGACGGGGUCCUGGCUGUCACCUGCACGCAGGAAGGAGUCAUCAGGGUGGAGCAAAUGCCAAACCAGAGCAAGCUCUAGCUGAGAAACCCCUGUGGGCUGGAACUCA